CCCGGGCUUUUGCAAGAGGCGCGGCGGGGCUGCGAGCUGGCGCUGCAGGCGCGUUGACGAUCUCGUCGUUGUCGUCGGCGCCCGGCCACGGGAGGCCGGCCCCCGCGCGGGGGCAGGCGGUCGCUGCCUCAGGCGGAGGCGGAGGUGCGGCGUGGGGUGGGGGCCGCCGCCUUCGCAGGCGCCCGGGCCAGCCCGCGCCUCUGCAGCGUGCUCCAUGCAUCCGGAGCCCGCCCCGCCCCCGAGCAGCAACAGCCCCGAGCUUCCCCUCAGCGGCGGCAGCAGCAACAGCGGCAGCCGCCGGAGCCGGCGCCGCAGCGGGGACGGGGAGCCCCCGGGGUCGUCACCGCCGCCGCCGCCGCCGCCUUCUCCUCCUCCUCCUCCUCCUCCUGCAGUCACCUACCCGGACUGGAUCGGCCAGAGUUACUCCGAGGUGAUGAGCCUCAACGAGCACUCGAUGCAGGCGCUGUCCUGGCGCAAGCUCUACUUGAGCCGCGCCAAGCUCAAAGCCUCCAGCCGGACCUCGGCUCUUCUCUCUGGCUUCGCUAUGGUGGCGAUGGUGGAGGUGCAGCUGGAUGCUGACCACGACUACCCGCCCGGGCUGCUCAUCGCCUUCAGCGCCUGCACCACGGUCCUGGUGGCCGUGCACCUGUUUGCGCUCAUGAUCAGCACCUGCAUCCUGCCCAACAUCGAGGCGGUGAGCAACGUGCACAACCUCAACUCAGUCAAGGAGUCGCCGCACGAGCGCAUGCACCGCCACAUCGAGCUGGCCUGGGCCUUCUCCACUGUCAUAGGCACGCUGCUUUUCCUGGCUGAGGUCGUGCUGCUCUGCUGGGUCAAGUUCUUGCCCCUCAAGAAGCAGCCGGGCCAGACACGGCCCACCGGCAAGCCCCCAGCUGACGGGGCAGCUGCCAACGUCAGCAGCAGCGGCAUCACCCCAGGCCAGGCCGCAGCCAUCGCCUCGACCACCAUCAUGGUCCCCUUCGGCCUGGUCUUUAUCGUCUUUGCUGUCCACUUCUACCGCUCACUGGUCAGCCAUAAGACGGACCGACAGUUCCAGGAGCUAAACGAGCUGGCCGAGUUCGCCCGCUUGCAGGACCAGCUGGACCACAGAGGGGACCACCCCCUGACACCCGGCAGCCACUAUGCCUAAGCCCUCCCAAGUGUGGGUGCUUCAAAGCUUUGGCCUUACGCCCUUCCCCACGACCUUGUCCUGCCCCAGCCUCAAGGACAGCCUGCACACGGGGCUGGGUUUUCAUCAGAGGGCAGAGUGGAGGGAAGAGGCUUCAUUUUUUAAGAGAAAUUACUGCACUUUGAAACUUUCCUCUAAGAGAAUAAGCACUUCCUGUUCUUCCAGCUCCAGGUUCACCUCCUGUGAGGAGGCCACCGGUGGGAGCCAGAACGGGGACAAACACUCCCUUUGUCCCUCCUCCUCCCCCGUGCCAGUGCCACCUGGAUGCCUCCUGUCCUUUCCGUCUUGACCCCUCCCUCCCCGUUCAGCAUCGAGUGUGUGCGUGCGUGUGUGUGUGUGAACACAUAAAUAUACUCACAAGGGACGCCUCCUCUUGUGUCUGUAUCUGUUGGGUCUCGACUGCCUGGUACUAUUUCUCAUGGUGCCCCAAUCAGGUGAGCCUCUGAGCAGAUUUUUUCAAGAUUUUAUUUCAAGAAAUUUCAGAACUAUGCAAAAGUUGCAUGAAUAGUAACUGAAAUGUGUGUGUGUGUGUGUAUAUAUAUAUAUAUAUAGUCAAUUCUUAUUCACAGUAGUUCUGUUCUAUAAAAUCACUGUGAACGCUGAAUUAGUGGAUAUUGAACCACUGCUCCUAAGGGAAAUACGGGGUUAGGUUCCUGCCAGCCUCCAGUUACAUUUUUGUCAACCGAUUGACACAUAGCUUGUUUUAGGUCUGUUUCUGUUUAAAGACACCUUACUUAACAUAUAUGGUUGACUCAUUAACAGGGAACUCACUGCCAAUAGCACUGUCACUUGUGCCUGACUUACCUAACGGGUAUUUUCUCCGUAAGGCACGUCACAGCCUUGCUGUGCUCAGGAACAGUAGAUAGCGAGUUUGCACUCCACUUGAGAUCCAGUACUAACUCCUAAAAGCAAGGACAUUCUGCUACAUAACCUUAAUUCAAUGACCAAAUUCAGGACAUUUGAUACAAUACUAUCACCUAAUAGAGUGUUUGUGUUCACUUUCCCUCUCGUCCCAAUCAUGUCCUCUCUAGAUGUGAUUUUUCCAUUCAAGGUCAUGUGUUGCACUGAGUUAUCACAUCUCGUUAAUCGCCUUUAAUUUGAAACAUCUUUCUUUGUCCUUUGUAACAUUGACCUUUUUUUUUUUUGGAGGAAGAUUAGCCCU